AUGAAUGAUCUCCGAGAGAAGCUGCUGCCGAGGAACGAGUCGAUUCCGCCUCCACAAGAGCAGAGACGCCUCAUGUCGUUCGCCAAUCUGCAUCCUGAUCAAGACGCCGAUAGUAAUAGCAGAAGCGGCGGUCCCGUUACGACUUCUGUUGCUCCCUGUAGCCGCACGAACAGCUUGUACCUGGCAGCGUGGCUAAUUAGCAUCUCCUCUUUCAUGUGGGGCUUCAGUGCUGCUGUUCUCAAUGUUUGUAUCGUACCAGAUGCUGUAGGAUCACUACUGGUGGACAUUAAUCUCUCUACUGUAGAGCAAGAGCGUGCGACGGCGCUAGUAGUGGUGGGCUGCUUGGUCUCAGCAGUUACGACGGGUGGAGCAGGCGCUCGCGUGGGACUCAAGACGAUGAUCCUGGGCAACAAUGUACUCUAUCUCGCUGGAAGUGCUUCCUGUGCACUGGCCACGUCAAAGAAUAUGCUCUACGUCGGUCGACUACUCCUUGGACUGGCCUCAGGAGUCGUGACGAACACCGUGCCUGUCUUGCUGACGGACAUCUCGCCUGCUGCCUCGCGGGGGGAGAUUACAGCCCUUCAUCAGCUUAGUCUGACAAUUGGUAUGUUGACGUCUGCUUUGCUGGGCUUCUUUGUCGUCGCGAAGGUACCCUCGGGCUGGAGGUACCUCAACGGAUUCAUGAUGUUGCCUCCACUAGUGCAGUGCCUGAGCAUGGCGCUCGUGCCGGAGAGUCCGUGGUGGCUCAUGAAAAACCGCGGACAUGAAGAGUGUCAUGCGACACUCAUUUUUUUACGUCCGAGUUGUGAUAAAGAUGCAGUUGAAGCAGAAGUACAGGAAAUUGCACAGGCGAUGAAGCGUCGACAACGUGAUACUCACGAAGCCUGGUUGCACCUUUGGGAGCACAAGAAGGUCGUAGCAGCAGGUUCCAUCCUUGUCUUCUUCCAGGCUAUGUCAGGUAUAAACACAGUGAUGCUGUACUCAGCCAAGAUUUUUCAUUUUGCUGGAGUGACCAACCCAUUCUUUGCCACCACCGUGGUUACCUUGACGAACGUGGGUGUCACGAUCGUAUCGGCGCGCCUGGUCGACUCGUACGGUCGGCGACCGCUGUUAAUUGUAGGAUCAACCAUCAUGAUUGUCGCUCUUGGAGUACUCAGCUCGUCGCUUCUGUAUCUUGGAGACAACCUUCGGUUGCAAGGUGUGGUAGCAGUGAUAUCCGUACUUGCGUUCGUUGGUGGGUUUGCUAUGGGUCUUGGUGCGGUCAUAUGGGUCAUGCUUGGAGAUAUCACGCCUGUUCACAUCCGCUCGCAAGCGUUUUCGCUCUACAUGAUCGUCAGCUAUAUCUGCAACAUCCUGAUCGCGGUAUACACGUUGUCAGCUAUCAAUUUCUUGGGCCACGGCUCUGAUCCCGAGAAGAAUGGCAUUGCCAAACUAUAUAUGAUCUUCAGUGGUAUUAUGGCAAUAUGCCUUGUGUACAUCUACUGCUUCGUGGAAGAGACGUCGUAUGCCAAAACAGCAUCGACAAAAGCCGCUGAGGAUCAACAGGCUCUCUUGGCUGAAGAAGGGCAAGAGGCAGUCGAAGAGGAGUUUCGCCAAAUGACCGAUCUAUAG